CUUGCUGGCGCUGUCCUGUGCUCCCGAAGCGGCUGGGGAACAGGGUGAGAGCUGGCUGGCGUGCACAGGUCAUGAGUCAGUGAGCCUUCUCUGUCGCUGGGACUUCAGCCUUGAACGCCCUCUGAUCAGAUUUCUGGCCUUCUAUUUGCAGGUGAGCGCUGGGACGGUGCUGGUGAGCUGCACCCUGUCUGAUGGCUUCCUCCCAUCCUCCACAGGCUGCCAUAGGAGAUCCGCUGCUUCCUGGAGGCCCAGGCCCCUCCCCCGAGGCAGAGGACGACCCUGGCGAGGCCUUUGAGUUUGAUGACAGUGACGAUGAUGACGAGGACAACAGUGCUGGCCUGGGCGUCCCAGGCGCUGCUCCAGAGAAGGAGGCAGGAGACGCCCCACUGAUCCACUUGGACUCCGCCCCCGUCGCUGACCCAGACCAAGCGGCUGCAGCACCCCAGACACAGGAGCCGGCCGUGGUGAGCAAUGGGGAUGCCGUGGACACAGCUUUCUCUGGGGUCCGGCACUCCAGCUGGAGACGGAAGAGCUCCCGUCGCAUCGACCGGUUUACUUUCCCCGCCCUGGAAGAAGAUGUGAUUUACGACGACGUCCCCUGCGAGAACCUGGACGCCCAUCAACCCGCAGGGGCAGAGAGGAAGCUGCUCUACGAGGAUGUGCGCCGGGACGGGGCACCCCGGGAGACGGAGGACCUAGGCUGGAGCUCCAGUGAGUUUGAGAGCUACAGCGAGGACUCCGGGGAGGAGGCCAAGCCGGAGGCGGAACCCGCCAAGCACCGAGUGUCCUUCCAGCCCAAGCUUUCUCCAGACCUGACUAGGCUAAAGGAGCGAUGCGCCAGGACUAAGAGAGACAUCUUGGCUUUAAGAGUUGGGGGGAGAGACAUGCAGGAGCUGAAGCACAAGUACGAUUAUAAGAUGACCCAGCUCAUGAAGGCCGCCAAGAGCGGGACCAAGGACGGGCUGGAGAAGACGAGGAUCGCAGUCAUGCGCAAAGUGUCCUUUCUGCACAGGAAGGACGUCCUCGGUGACUCGGAGGAGGAGGACAUGGGGCUCCUGGAGGUCAGCGUUACGGACAUCAAGCCCCCAGCCCCGGAGCUGGGCCCCAUGCCAGACGGCCUGAGCCCACAGCAGGUGGUCCGGAGGCACAUCCUGGGCUCCAUCGUGCAGAGCGAAGGCAGCUAUGUGGAGUCUCUGAAACGGGUACUCCAGGAUUACCGCAACCCCCUGAUGGAGAUGGAGCCCAAGGCGCUGAGUGCCCGCAAGUGCCAGGUGGUGUUUUUUCGCGUGAAGGAGAUCCUGCACUGCCACUCCAUGUUCCAGAUCGCCCUGUCCUCCCGCGUGGCCGAGUGGGACUCCACCGAGAAGAUUGGGGACCUCUUCGUGGCUUCGUUCUCCAAGUCCGUGGUGCUAGACGUGUACAGUGACUACGUGAACAACUUUACCAAUGCCAUGUCCAUCAUCAAGAAGGCCUGUCUCACCAAGCCCGCCUUCCUCGAGUUCCUCAAGCGGCGGCAGGUGUGUAGCCCCGACCGCGUCACGCUCUACGGGCUGAUGGUGAAGCCCAUCCAGAGGUUCCCUCAGUUCAUCCUCCUGCUUCAGGACAUGCUGAAGAACACCCCCAGGGGCCACCCGGACAGGCUCUCGCUGCAGCUGGCGCUCACGGAGCUGGAGACGCUGGCCGAGAAGCUGAACGAGCAGAAGCGGCUGGCCGACCAGGUGGCCGAGAUCCAGCAGCUGACCAAGAGCGUCAGUGACCGCAGCAGCCUCAACAAGCUUUUGACCUCAGGCCAGCGUCAGCUGCUCCUGUGUGAGACGCUGACGGAGACCGUGUACGGUGACCGCGGGCAGCUGAUCAAGUCCAAGGAGCGCAGGGUCUUCCUGCUCAGCGACAUGCUGGUCUGCGCCAACAUCAACUUCAAGGGCCAGCUGGAGAUCAGCAGCCUGGUGCCCCUGGGGCCCAAGUAUGUGGUGAAGUGGAACACGGCGCUGCCCCAGGUGCAGGUGAUGGAGGUGGGCCAGGAGGGCAGCUCCUAUGACAAGGACAACGUACUCAUCCAGCACGCCGGCGCCAAGAAGGCCUCGGCUGCGGGCCAGGCCCAGAAUAAGGUGUACCUCGGGCCCCCGCGCCUCUUCCAGGAGCUGCAGGACCUGCAGAAGGACCUGGCUGUGGUGGAGCAGAUCACCUUCCUUGUCAGCACGCUGCAUGGCACCUACCAGAACCUGAACAUGACCGUGGCUCAAGACUGGUGCCUGGCCCUGCAGAGGCUUAUGCGGGUGAAGGAGGAGGAGAUCCACUCGGCCAACAAGUGCCGCCUCAGGCUCCUGCUUCCCGGGAAACCCGACAAGUCUGGCCGCCCCAUCAGCUUCAUGGUGGUCUUCAUCACCCCCAACCCCCUGAGCAAGAUCUCCUGGGUCAACAGGUUGCACUUGGCCAAGAUCGGACUCCGGGAGGAGAACCAGCCGGGCUGGCUGUGUCCGGACGAGGACAAGAAGAGCAAAGCCCCGUUCUGGUGCCCAAUCCUGGCCUGCUGCAUCCCUGCCUUCUCUCCCCGGGGCCUCAGCCUGCAGCUUGGGGCCCUGAUCCACAGCCCUGUCAGCUGUCCCCUGCUGGGCUUCUCGGCUGUCAGCACCUCCCUUCCACAGGGCUACCUCUGGGUCGGGGGCGGGCAGGAAGGUGCAGGGGGCCAGAUCGAGAUCUUCUCCCUGAACCGGCCCACGCCCCGCACGGUCAAGUCCUUCCCGCUGGUGGCCCCUGUGCUCUGCAUGGAGUACAUUCCGGAGCCGGAGGAGGAGGAGAGCAGAGACGGAGACAAGAAGUGCUCGGCUGCUGACGCCUCGGCUGGAGUGCACCCCACCGUCUGCCUCGGGCUCCAGGAUGGCAGCAUCCUGGUUUACAGCAGCGUGGAUACGGGCACCCAGUGCCUGGCGACCUGCAGGAGCCCAGGCCUGCAGCCCGUGCUGUGCUUGCGACACAGCCCCUUCCACCUGUUUGCUGGCCUGCAGGAUGGGACCCUUGCCGCGUACCCCGGGACCAGCGGAGGCAUCCCCUGGGACCUGGAGAGCCCGCCUGUGUGCCUGACUGUGGGACCUGGGCCCGUCCGCACCCUGCUGAGCCUGGAGGACACCGUGUGGGCCAGCUGUGGGCCCCGGGUCACUGUCCUGGAUGCCACCAGCUUGCAAACUCAGCAAAGCUUCGAGGCACACCAGGACGCGGCCGUGAGUGUGACACACAUGGUAAAGGCGGGCAGCGGCGUCUGGAUGGCCUUCUCCUCCGGCUCCUCCAUCCGCCUCUUUCACACGGAGACGCUGGAGCAUCUGCAGGAGAUCAACAUAGCCACCAGGACCACCUUCCUGCUGCCAGGCCAGAAGCACCUGUGUGUCACCGGCCUCCUCAUCUGCCAGGCUCUGCUCUGGGUGGGCACUGACCAGGGUGUCAUUGUCCUGCUGCCUGUGCCUCGGCUGGAAGGCAUCCCUAAGAUCACAGGUGAGGCUCUGGGAGCCAGUCCUGCAGGGCCCGGGGAGUCAGCUACCUACGGCCAGGGAAGGGUGGAUCUUGUGCCCAGGUGUUUGCGCUCUCUUCUGAUAUGGGGGUGGGGGUCCAUUCUCUAACGUCCUCUGUCAUCGCAGGUGGCACUGUGGCUCAGUGGAAUUAAAUCACCUUGGCCUUGCAGUCUCCUUCUGAGUCUUCUUUCUGAGUCUCAAUUACCUAACCUAGCAAUGGACACAGUAGGCAUAUUGGCCAGAUGGUCUGGGGAUUGGCUGAGACAACUGACUAAUGGUAGAGGAUCUGUGGGGCCCCUUCUGCCCCCUCCCCACAGCAGCUUCAAAGUGUCCAGGCUCCAGUGGUAGAAAUACCUGAGGGCUCCUGGGGCUGGGGAUCCAUGUGCAGCUGUGUUUGCAUGGAUUAGAGGGAGGGCUGCCCUGACUGUGGCACUGGGGUCCAGGAUCAGGGAAGACCCCAGAGCUCUGGGCCCCUCUCUGCCUCUGUCCUGAGGGUGAUGACGAAGUGGCCUCUUUCAGCUGCUGCCGGAGGGCGGGGCUGAGUGCAGUGGGAGGGAGAAGUCCUGAGGGAGACCAGCCCCAGGUGGAGCUCAAACCUCUCUGCCAAAGAAGACUCUCUUCCUAAAUUGUAAGAUUUCCCAUUUUCAUGAUUUUAUCACAUAGGUCAAUUUGGUCCUGGGGUUGCAGGGAUGCAUUGGGCAGAGACCCUGCCCCCAAAUGCUGAGAGUCUGGUAGGGGCAGCUUGUAGUCAGGGUAGCAGGUGCUAUGAUGGCAGGUGUCCUGGAAUCUGCAGGGCAUGGAGACAGAAGUGAUCAUUUCUUCAUGGCUGAAGGCAAGAAGGGUGCCCUGUGGAGGAGCUGAGCUGGGCUUCAAGGCUGAGCUGUAGAGUUAGGUGGAUGGGAAAGGCUCUCUAGGCAGAGGCAAUGGCUUGGGCAAAAGCACAGAGAUGUGAGGAUGGCUCAGGCAGGGAGCUGCAGGUGCUUUCACACCGAGGUUCCCCAUGUGGUUUAUAAAGUCAUUCGUGUUCCCCUGCUCCAGUUCUCCAAAGAAAGUAACCCUGGAGCAUUGAGAGCCCUCCCCCAGACCCAUGGCCUUCUGGGAAGAUAACAACGUAGAUGGCAAUAACCAAAAAAAAAACAAACAAAAACAAAACCCAGAAAUUCUCCAAGAGACCUGUUGGGUCUUUAAAACUCUGGGCCUUUGGGCCCCUUCUCUCUGCCCUCUUCCUGCAGGGAAAGGCAUGGUCUCGCUCAACGGUCACUGUGGACCUGUGGCCUUUUUGGCCAUGGCCUCCAGCAUCUUGGCCCCCGAUAUCCUGCGGAGUGACCAGGAGGAGGCCGAGGGGCCACA